AUGUACGUAUGGAGCAUGCAAAAAAGGCAUAAUACACUGCUUCACAUUGAUGGAACUGCUGCUUCGAAUGCCCCCUUAAGCGGCAAAGAUAAGACCGUCGCAAAACAAGACGCGCUUGCUUCCUCAGCGGAGGAACCGAAAAAUACAAACGCAUCUAGCAAUAAUGCUUCUAAUGUCAGCAAUAGUCUAUCGUCUUGUCACAUUAAUGGUUCCUUAUCACACAUUUUACUGUCAACGGCUAUAAUUUAUGUUUGCGAUCAAGCCGGAAAUUUGCACGAGUGCAGAGCUUUACUAGAUUCCGGAUCGCAGGCAAAUUUUCUAUCGCAAGAACUAUGCAAGCGCUUGAAGCUGCCUCGACGUAGCGCAGACACCAUCAUAAGUGGCAUCAGCAUGACUUCAUCCACGGCAGAAAGGCAAACAACUACUACCAUUCAUUCAAGAUUCAACAAAUUUCAAGCGAAACUAUCGUUCCUGAUUGUCAACAAAAUUACCAACAAUCUACCAGCAACAAACGUGGACGUGGAUUCACUGCAAAUCCCAUUGAACAUUAAAUUGGCAGACCCCACAUUCCAUAUGCCCGGCAGGAUAGACCUGUUGCUGGGCGCCGAAAUAUUUUGGAGACUACUAUGCGUUGGCCAAGUACGUAUUUGCAAAACACAACCUACAUUCCAAAAAACGACACUAGGUUGGAUAAUAUCGGGAGCAGUUAAUCCCGCUUCACAGCAGCAGACCGCCUUGCGAUGUCAUUUCGCUCAGCAGGCAGCGGUGCAGGAGCAACUUGAAAAAUUCUGGCACAUUGAGGAGCUCCAGCCAAAACAUCAUCUCACUCAGGAAGAACAAACAUGCGAAGAACACUUCUGCAAAACGCAUUCACGUCAAGAAGAUCGAAGAUUCAUCGUGCAGCUUCCGCUAAAGGAUAAUUAUACUGAACUGGGCGAUUCCUACGAUACCGCUAAAAGAAGAUUAGCAGCCUUGGAGAGAAGGUUAUUAAGGCAGCCACAAUUAAAACGGCAAUACGGAUCUUUCCUGCAAGAAUAUAACGAAUUAGGACAUAUGAAGCUGAUUUCCGAGGAGGAAGAACAAGACGCAAGAAGCAACGACACAAUCUAUUAUCUGCCGCACCAUGCCGUCAUAAAGGAAGAUAGCGACACUACACGGCUACGAGUCGUCUUCGAUGCGUCAGCCAAAACGAGCUCAGGCCUAUCCUUGAAUGAUGUUCAGCUAGUAGGACCCACGAUUCAGCAAGACUUAUUUAGUAUCAUUCUUCGUUUUCGUCAACACACAUAUGCAGUCUCUGCGGACAUUUCAAAAAUGUAUCGUCAGAUAAGAGUGAGGGAAAACCAAUGCAAACUACAACGUAUCUUGUGGCGCUUCAACCAGGAGGAAAAAAUCAAAACGUACGAACUUCAAACAGUCACAUAUGGUGAAGCUUGCUCUGCGUUUUUGGUCAUUCGCGCACUUCAUCAGGCCGCGCGAGACUUGCAACAUCGUUUCCCUAAGGCUUCUGAAAUUAUUAUUCAUGACUUUUAUGUGGACGACCUUUUAACGGGCGGCAACGACAUCAAACUUCUCUCUUGCUUGAAAGAAGAGAUCAUCACUAUUCUUGGAACGGCCAAAUUCGAGCUGCACAAGUGGAAAUCUAAUCACCCUGCAUUGAUGAGUGCUGACGGCCACGCUCCGACAGCGGUGCAGAUAGGCGAAGGUACGAAAGUCCUCGGACAAUCUUGGGACACCAAACUCGAUACAUUUCGCUACACCACUGGCGCGGCGGACCGAGCGCAAAGGCCUACGAAAAGGCAAGCUUUGUCUUCUAUUGCUCAAGUGUUUGAUCCGCUCGGCCUAUUGGGGCCAGUUAUCACUCGAGCUAAAAUACCUCGUCGCAUUUUGUGUGAUGAACCAAGGAGCAUAGAGUUACACGGCUUCUGCGACGCCUCGGAACAAGCAUACGGCGCCUGCCUUUACUUCAGAACUACCGAUGCGAACCAACAACAUCAUAUCAGGCUGCUGUGUUCGAAAUCGCGUGUCGCUCCUUUAAAAACUCUAACUUUGCCCAGACUCGAGCUGUGUGGUGCUCUGCUGUUAUCCAGACUAUAUCAACAAGCAAUUGAUUCGCUAAAUGUAUCAUUAGACAGCGUACAUUUUUGGUGCGACUCCACCAUAGCGUUGUCUUGGAUUUCGGGUAGCUCCAGCCAGUGGUCAACCUUUGUUGCCAAUCGCACAUCGAAAAUUCAGAAGCUAACAGUCAAAGGGAAAUGGCAUCACGUUCGCUCUGAGCUCAACCCAGCUGAUAUUGUUUCUCGAGGACUAAAUCCCGACGAGAUCCAAAAUUGCCCGUUUUGGUGGAAAGGGCCUUCAUUUUUGCAAGAAGACUAUUCCAGCGUUUUAAAUGAUUCGAUACGGUUGCUUCCGCCAAAGGAAUUACCGGAGGUGAAGCGGCAAACUAUCGCGUUGUCCGCAGCAUUAGAGGAGGAUUUAAAUCUCAUCAACAAAUUUUCUUCCUUAAGUCGAUUAAAACGAGUAACCGCUUAUUGUUAUCGUUUCGCUCACAAUGCGAAACGAGGGGGUAAAAAUCACCAAGGCGAAAUUCAAGGACCUGCGAAAGCAAGUCGCAGAACUUGA